AUGCUAGAUACAUUGCAUGAUGCUAGCAUUGAAGCAAGUACCUUGGGUAUAAAUGCAAAGCCUCAAAAAUCAAACAUCUUUUCAAAAAUUACAUCAUUCUUUUCAUCACCAUCUAAAGUUUCGAUUAGUAAAUCCAAUUUUGAUGGUGAUAUCAAAUCAGAAGAAAGAAAUAAUAAUAAUAAUAAUAAUAAUAAUAAUAAUAAUAAUAAUAAUAAUAAUAAUAAUAAUAAUAAUAAUAAUAAUAAUAAUAAUAAUAAUAAUAAUAAUAAUAAUAAUAAUAAUAAUAAUAAUAAUAAUAUUAAAAAGAGAACUAAUAGUAUAAAUAAUAAUAGUGACAGUUUAUUAAAAUUAAUUAAACUUCAAAAGGCAAAUGGAUCAUGGAGUUCACCAUUUAAUGAAUUCAAAAUUAAUUUAUCAAAGAAACCAUCAAACACUGAUAACGAUCACUUUAAUAGUAAUCAACAAGAUUCUUAA